AUGAUCGCCAUCGGCAUGGAAGGAUCCGCCAACAAGGUGGCAAUCGGCAUCAUCCUACAUCCCACAGAUGGCAGCACACCCCAGGUCCUCGCAAAUGUUCGACACACCUACAAUGCCCCACCAGGCGAGGGCUUCCUACCCAAGGAUACCGCGCGUCACCACCGGGCAUGGGUUGUCAAGAUGGUGAAGGCAGCUCUCCAAGAGGCAUCCUUGUCACCGCAAGAUGUGGACUGUAUCUGCUUCACUAAAGGCCCUGGGAUGGGUGCCCCGCUGCAGAGCGUAGCUAUUGCCGCGCGGAUGAUGAGUUUACUUUGGGAUAAACCAUUGGUUGCAGUGAAUCACUGUGUCGGACAUAUCGAAAUGGGCCGUCUGAUUACCGGCGCUGAGAAUCCCGUCGUCCUCUAUGUCUCUGGCGGCAACACACAGGUCAUCGCGUAUAGUGAUAAACGAUACCGCAUCUUCGGUGAGACACUGGAUAUCGCUGUCGGAAACUGUCUGGAUCGAUUUGCACGCACGCUACAUAUUCCUAACGAUCCGUUCCCUGGGUACAAUAUUGAGCAGCUCGCAAAGAAAGGGAGUCGGCUUGUUGAUCUCCCAUAUGUAGUCAAGGGCAUGGAUUGUUCGUUUUCUGGUAUCCUAGCUUCGAUUGACGCACUGGCUGUGUCUCUUGGCCUGAAUAAACAAGAGCAGACUGAUCAGAGCCCUGCUGAUCAACCCACUCGCGCCGACCUCUGCUUCUCCCUACAGGAGACGGUGUACGCGAUGCUGGUUGAGAUCACCGAGCGCGCAAUGGCGCAUGUCGGUUCCAAGCAGGUGCUCAUUGUCGGUGGCGUGGGAUCUAAUGAGCGACUACAGGAGAUGAUGGGGAUUAUGGCGCGGGAUCGGGGUGGCUCUGUUUUUGCUACAGAUGAGCGAUAUUGCAUUGAUAACGGGAUCAUGAUUGCUCAGGCGGGCAUGAUGGCGUAUAAAACGGGCUUCCAGACUCCCCUGAAGGAAUCUACCUGCACCCAACGGUUCCGGACAGACGAGACCUUGGAAAUGGUAGUCACACCACCUGCAGGGACUAUGGGGGCUAGCCCAAACCCUAACGGCCCUAAAAGCGGUCUUCCAGCUUCCACCCCUCGCAGCUCCGAUCAAUCGGCUAGCGAGCAGUCCAAGCGGAAGCAAGCUGCUCUGUUGGAUAAGAAAGCGCUGGAGCUUGAGGAUGAGUUCAAGGCUAAACAUUUUGGUGUGAUGGGUGUUCUGGCGUGGAUAUUACUCUUGCAUGUCGCCGGUAUUUAUCUGUUCACGAAAGGGUUCCUUCUCACGCGCAUGGUCCUUGAGAACAAAUCAUCAUGCGACGUAUUGCCUUUCGAGGGCAUUUUGGCCCAACCACACACAAACCUGGGGAGUAAACAGCAGAAAGGCUGCUGGCACGAGAAAACAUUUGACAAGGCCGUUGUCAUCAUAAUCGACGCCCUCCGCUAUGACUUCACUGUACCAUUCGCCUCGAAGGGAGAGAGUGACACAGUCCACCUCUUCCACAACAACAUCCCUGUCUUCUAUGAGACCGCAGUGCAAAACCCCGCCAACGCGUUCCUCCUGCCAUUCAUUGCGGAUCCCCCGACAACCACUUUGAACCGCCUGAAAGGUCUGACCACUGGAACCCUGCCCACCUUCCUGGACGCAGGCUCCAACUUUGCCGGAACCGCUAUCGAUGAGGACAAUCUUGUCGCACAAUUGCAUAGCGCCGGGAAGAACCUGGUUCACCUCGGCGAUGAUACCUGGCAGGCGCUGUUCCCGGGAUACUUUGAUCCCAAUCUCACGCAUGCGUAUGAUUCGUUCAAUGUCUGGGACUUGCACACCGUCGACAACGGCGUCAAUGAGCAUCUCUUCCCGCUCCUCCGGCCGGAGAACAGCAAGAAAUGGGAUGUCAUCUUUGGCCACUAUCUCGGCGUAGAUCAUGCAGGUCACAGAUAUGGCCCUAACCAUGCUGCCAUGGCAUCCAAGCUCCAGGAAAUGGACCGUGUUAUUCGCGACAUUAUUGCUGCGCUCGAUGAUAAGACUCUUCUGGUCGUCAUGGGAGAUCACGGGAUGGACGUCAAGGGCGACCACGGCGGCGAGUCUGAUGACGAGGUUGAGGCCGCGUUGUGGAUGUACUCUAAGCGUGGCAUCUUCGGACGCACAAGCAAAGAUACGCUACUCCCGCCCCAACUCGCGCGCGACAGAUUCGUGCCUCAAAUCGACCUCGUUCCGACGCUGUCUUUGCUCCUUGGAAUGCCCAUCCCAUUCAACAACCUAGGCUCGCCUAUUGAAGAGGUUUUCUCUGGCCCACGUGGGAACAACUGGGCAAACUUGGCGACUGUCAACCGUUUGACUGCAGCCCAGGUCAAGAGAUAUCAGCACGAAUAUGCGGUUGCUAGAGGUGCUGGUGAUGACGAGGAAUCGGAUUUGCUUUGGACUGCUGCAGAAGAGGAGUGGAAGUCUGCUUCCAAGGGGUUCUCCUCCAAGUCGACCGCUGCUCGCGCUAGCAAUGAACUCUACCGCAAGUACCAGCGUCGCACUCUUGAUAUCUGCCGUGGAUUGUGGGCUCGAUUUGAUGUGCCAAGCAUGAUUCAAGGUGUUGGAAUUCUCUUUGCUAGUAUUAUCUUGUUGAUCAUCUAUGCGCGAGGCUUGAAGACAGAUCGAACCCAACUCACAUCUCGUCUGCUUCAAUUCGCAAGCAUGGGUGCUGGCGUUGGUGCCGUGGCCGGUUCUGCAUUGGGUUUAACUGGCCUGACCGAGAUGUCUAUGAUCGAUGGAACCGUGCUGUUCGCUGCUGCUGGAAGCAUCCUUGGAGCCACGCCGGCUCUUGUUAAGAAGCCCGCGAACCUGUCCCUGCCUCUUCCGAACGGCAUGUGGGGAUGGCUUGCGCUUUUCUUUACCGUAUCUCAGUCUGUUGGAUUUGCCUCGAACUCGUACACUAUCUGGGAAGAUGAAAUUCUUCUGUUCUUCCUCACUACCUUCGGCGUGUGCGCGGGUAUCUCGUCUAUGCGACAGAAACAGACCACGGACCGAAUCCUGGGUGUGUACCACUCCAUUCUCUUCUUGAUCCUGGGCCGAAUCGCGUCUUUCUCCCGCCUCUGCCGUGAAGAACAGAUGCCCUUCUGCCGCUCCACGUACUAUGCUUCAUCGACUUCAUCCACCUCCGCACCUUGGCAACUUGCUAUUCCUUUCCUAGUCACACUCUUCCUGCCUAGCGUCGUGCGGUCCUUCUACGCCGGCUCCAAGUCCUAUGAAGGCGCCGCAUCGCUAUGGAUAGGCUUUGCCUUCCGCUUCGGUCUCUUCACCACCUCCCUAUUCUGGAUUCUCGAAGCCGCCGACGAUGGCGAGUGGCUACCCGUAAGCAACGAAACCCUCAAGUUCGUCCGCGUCUUCCUCGCCCAGUUCGUCCUCGCCCUCGCGUUGGCAGCAGGCACUGCAGCAUACUUCUACUCCAAGCCCUGCGUCAGCAUCAACGUGAGCAAACCCACCGAGGACCCCAACAGCCCACCGACCCCUAUAGUCGCCGGCCAGCAACAAGGCCCACGAACAACAGUCACAAUCCUCGGCUUCGGCAACGUCUACGGAACCCACUUCUGCUUCCUCCUCAUCAACUUCACCCUCGCCAUCAUCCUCAUGCAAAAGCCAAUGGGCCAAGGCGCCAUCGCCCUCCUCCUCUGGCAAAUCCUCUCUCUCCUCGAAAUCCUCGACACAAACAACCUAACAAUGUCAAACUCCUCCAUCGGGCCCGUCAUCCUCGGCGUCCUCGGUUCUUUCUACUACUUCAAAACAGGCCACCAGGCCACUCUCUCCAGCAUCCAGUGGGAAUCAGCUUUCAUCCCCCUCACAACAAUCCAAUACCCUUGGUCCCCACUACUUGUUAUCCUCAAUACCUUCGGCGCACAGAUCCUAGCCGCCAUCGCAGUCCCCCUCACCGUCCUCUGGAAACGUCCCCUCCAGACUCAUGACCGUGUCCCAGCUUCCAAUCCCAACAAGAACCCAGCCACACGCAUCCUCUCCGAUGUCGUACAGGCCGCCGGAACACAUAUCCUCUAUCUGGCGACUAUUAAUCUCGCCACAACUAUGUGGGCCGGUCAUCUCCGUCGCCAUCUCAUGCUCUACCGUAUCUUCAGCCCUCGUUUCAUGAUGGGAUCGGUAGUGCUGACUGUUGUCGAUGUUGUUUUGAUGGUCGUUGCUGUCGGCGGUGUGCGCUGGAGUACUCUCAGUGUUGGGGAGAUCUUUGGUUGGUGA